CUGUGCCCUCAGCCCCCGGGAGCGCCGAGCCCCGCUGCACCCCCGGCCCGGCCCGGGCGGGCCGAACCGGACCCGCCGCUCGCUGUCGGCCUCGGGGAGGCUGCGGGGCGCCAACGGGAGCGAGAUGUGUUAGCGACCCGUGCUUUGGUGUUCCUCAGGGACAGAGCGAGGCGGCGGGAUCACCCGGAGCCGCGCUGGGAGCCGCGCCCGGAGGGCGGCUGUGGGAUUCCCCGCCGGCGCUGAGGUGACGCUGAGCACAUGAAUAGUGUGCAGGGACUCUUGGCUGCCUCUGUGAUUUCCAUCCAGAAUUCCUGCUUCAUCUAUCCUGCCUGUCAAAACUGCUUUUCUAGGUUGAUACUGGAUUCCAGGAGGUUCAGCUGUCUAAAAUGUGGCUGCACAGGUGAAGCUAAAGAUGCAAGCUACAGAUAUAGAUUGUCCCUAAAGAUUGCUGACACUAACGAUUUGUUUGACAUCACUGUUUUUGGAAGUUGCUUAGAUCCAUUCUUUGGGGUCACCGCAGAGAAUCUGCAGAGGUAUAUUCAAGACUUCAAUCAGCUGUCAGGAGAAACAAACACAGAGUCAACUACAAGAGCAUUAGUUCAAGCAGUGCAAACCUGUUUCAUUGGAAAAAGGUUUAUAUUUGGAGUGAAGCAUUGUGCAAAGGAAGAUGGAGGGUAUUCUGCUGCCAGCAGCAUCUUGCAGAAGUGUUCCAGAAUUAAUAGAAGUACAAAAAACCUUGUGGCAUGCCAGAUCUUCCCGCCAAGUGCUGCUGUUACUGGCUUUACUGUUAUCAGCUACUUAGAUCAUCUCCUGCAGUCGGCAAAAUUCAGGAGCUGUAAUAACAGCUCGUCUUUACCUGAUGCAUCAUCAGCUCCCAUAGAUGAGCCUCUCAGUGAGCUCAGCAGCUUGUCUAGCCUGAGCAGGAGCUCCUGUUUUGUUCAGUCUAGUGGCAGGGACAGUUUUUUAGGGUGCUGGCAGCAAUCCUUAAGUCUGACUUCAUCUGUUGCUUGGGUAACAGCGGAAGACUUUCCCACUCUGGAAGUGGGAAAUCUGGUGAGUGAACAGCAUGAACAAGAGGAGAAGCCUGUCUCUACAGAAUUGGGCAGUGUAAGCCUCAACAAUCAAACUCUUUGGGACUCACAGUUUAUGAUCUCUUCUGUGAAGGAAGGGGAUAAAGAGAAGAAUAAUGAAUUAAGUUCACAGCUUAGUCGGACUGAUGGUAUCUCUGCAGCUGAUAAAUUGGAGAGAGUUUCCUCUUCAAACACCAAAUGUUCACAUGGAAACAGUUCCAAGUUGUUACAACAUUCCUUGGAAUCUGAGGUAAAAAACAAUUACCCAAAAACUAAUAGUAAAAACUAUUGUUACGCAGAAAAAUCCCACAACUCCCUUGUUUGCAAGAGAGAUGCCUCAGCUCCUAAUCAUGUAAAUGUAGCUGGAGUGUCUCAGAUGGACUCUAUAUUCUGGGAAGAGCUCCCAUUCUCAGAAAGCCUAAAUGAAUUGUUAGCUAGAAUAGAGGAUGGCAGGAGUGUUGUAACAUCACCCAGCCCUGAUGCAGGCAAAUUUGUCCAUCUUGAAAGUAACAAGUUGGGUGUAAAUCUUAACAAAUCAUAUUCCAAGCAAGCUGUACGUCAUUUGCCUGCAGCCAGUGUGUCAGGGAGUCUCUUGCCACCAGCAGGGAAUGAUAGUUGGGAGACCACAGUGCUUGCUUGUCUUCAGUCAAAUGCAAACCCUCCAGGUGAUGUCUCACAAUACGAGUCUGCCCCUAGUGAUUUGUCUUCAACCCUCAAGGAAGGUGGAGCAUCCUCUCCAGUUACACCAGAGCCUUCCAUUUCUCAGAGCAGAUGUGUGCAGCCCAAAGAAGCAAAUAAUGACAAUGCAAAUUCAUCUUGGUCUUUUAUUAGGCUGCAUGGAGAAACCUCCUGUUCAAAAAAGAGCAAGACAGCCACCUGUGUGCAUUCUGCAUGUGAAAGCUGUUUAGCUUGUGAAAAUAAAGAAAAUUAUUCUACACCAAGCCAAAAAAAGGAUCUUACACUCACAGGGGCCCAGGUCUCUGAUACACCAACUCCCAACAAUGCAAGUAUAUAUAAAAGAGAAUUAAAACCAUUGACAGAACUGUCAGAUAAUAGCUUUGGAAGUGUUAGUAGGAAAGAGCUGCAGUGGGACAACAUCUUCCCUGAAGGCAGCUACAAUGCUUCUGCUGAUCUCUUUGAUGCAAGUGUAAGAGAUGUAGCAAAACCUGUGGAAUUCUUAAAUAAAUCAUGUAAUUCUUUAAUACAGGAAAAUACUUUGACAGGGAAGGUCACAGCUGAAUCAGUACUUUCUCCUGGAGGUGUUCCUUGUAGCAGUUCAAAACUGAGCUCACCCCUACACAUGUCCCCUCAGGCUUUUAGCAAGCACAGUACACCUGUAACUUACUCCUGGGAGUCAGAAUGCAGUUCAGUUUGUGCUCAGGACUUUGUUCCUCAUUCACAGUCAACUCCUAUGACAAAACCUCUGCAGAAACUAUGGCCUGUUGGGGAAAGAAGAACUUCUAUCACCCUCUUCACCCCUACAAAUCCCACUAAAAUCCAUUCCAAAGGCAAGCGACCCCGGUCUUCCUUUCAGAACACUCUGCUGCAGCAGCUUACCGGCAAGUUAGGGAAACAUGAGAGACCAAGGAACAGGAAGGACAAAGAAAGUGGUAGCUGUGCUUCCCAGAAGUUCCUUAACAGCCACCUGCCUGCCAGCUUGGAGGAGUGGAUCCCUCCCUCUUCAAACAAAGCAAGACACUCCAGCACACCACGAAAGUUCUGCUGGUAUUUAAGGAUCCUGCAACAGCAGAUGGCAGUGGAAAGAGGCGCAAGAUUUCUCCUGACAGGUCCAAGCCUAGAGCUUUGCAGUCCCUGAACCCUAGACAUAAACAGAAGAAAAAGAAACAUCUUGUUACAGCAAAGAGAGAGACAGAAAAAAUAGCAGGAUUAGACAUCACAAUUUUUAACAAUGUUUAUUAAUAAGCUGAUUAUGUUUUUAAACAGAGAGAGGGGAAAUUUAGGUUAGAUAUGCAGAAGAAAGCCUUCACCGUGAGGGUGGUGAGGCACUGGCAAAGGUUGCCCAGAGAAGCUGUGGACGCCCCAUCCCUGAAAGCAUUCAAGGUCAGGCUGGAUGUGGCUCUGAGCAGCCUGGGCUAGUGGAAGGUGUCCCUGCCCAUGGCAGAGGUUUUGGAACAAGAUCUUUCAAGUCCCUUCCAAUCCAAAACCAUUCUGUGGUUCUGUGACCAAGGUAACCUGUGAGUGGAGUCGCUUGCUGUCACUUGUGGUGCCAGUGACAGCAGAACACGACAGGGCUCUGCUGUAAAGGACACAGAGCUCCCUAUGCAAGGUCUCCUGGCACAGCCAGAGGGACAGGACGUAAGAGCAGAAGUUGUAAGGGCUUUGCAAGCUGCUGCUGAGUUGUCCAGCUGAGCUUUAGACCAGCAAAUCAGUGCACCAAAACUACAUCAGGGCUGCUUCAGUCAGGGUAGGGCAGGGCUCCAGGAUGAGGCCAAGUGAAAAGGCCUGGACUUGUGCCUGCAUUUACCAAGUGCUGUGCCUAUUGAAAAGAUUUUGUACAUUGCAAAUAAAAUCCAACUUGAUGAACCCUUGGGACAAGUGGAAAAGGAGUAAGAAAUGUUGCCUGCCUGGAAAUUACCAAUCUGCAUGUACAGCUUAUGUAGAAGCAUUGAAAUGAAAGAUUCAUAUCUAAAUCACUGAGCAUAGGGAAGGCAAUACAGAAAAGGUUUGAAGACAUCAUAACACUUGAAACCAGUUUUUUCUACUACAGCACAUAAUAGGGUACUGCAGUUACCAUUGGCUCUUUAAGCACUCCCUUGUGAUGAACUGGACAGAUACCCACUCAAUCACCAGGAGUUAGAGCUGAUCCAAGUGAGACACCAGAGACUUGAAGCAGCUGGCUAUGAAACACUGCUAGAGCUUCUACAUCAUAUACCUGAUAGCAUCUUGACAUGAAAUGUUUCGUCCAGCAUGAGUGAUUUUUUUUUCAGCAGACAAUUCAUCCAUAUACUGGGGUAAGUGAUAGCUUUGGUGCAGGCUGAUGUGAUUAUAAUUAUAAGCUUGUAAAAAAAGACUAAAGCUCGGCAUGUUUAAUUCUGAGGGUAAUAAAACUCCUGAAAAUGCA